UUUUCAGGUUAAGAAGCCGGGAGUUCUCUGUUUGCAGUAGAAAAUUCGGACUUUCUGUGUGCGUUUGCCUAGCAGCUCAGGAACUCGUGGUGCACACUUGGUUCAAUCCGGAAAGAAAUUCUCACAGGAAUCGAUCAGCAAUCAGGCCAAAUUUCUCUUGAUAAACACAUUUGGAUCACCAUGCUUUCUACAGCGGCAAAACCCUUCAAGGACCAAAAUUACUAUGAACUCAAGCGGCAAUGCCUUGAAGAAGGCAAGCUCUUUGAAGACCCUGAAUUUCCAGCUUCCGAUGCAUCUCUCUUCUACAACACUCCUCCAUUGGGGAAAGUGGAAUGGAAACGCCCAAAGGAACUCUCUGAAGAUCCUCACUUGGUUGUCAAUGGAAUCAGUUCCCAUGACUUGCACCAAGGGAAGCUGGGAAACUGCUGGUUCGUGGCUGCCUGCUCUUGCCUGGCCCUUCGGCAUAACCUCUGGCAAAAGGUGGUUCCAGAUGUUGAGGAACAGGACUGGGUUUCAGAUAAGCCAGAUCAAAAUGUGGGGAUAUUUCACUUCUGCUUCUGGUGUUUUGGAGAAUGGAUUGAUGUGGUCAUAGAUGACCGAUUGCCAACUGUACGCAAUGAGCUGAUCUACUGCCAUUCUAACGACUGCAAUGAAUUCUGGAGCGCCCUUCUGGAGAAGGCCUAUGCAAAGAUGGCUGGGUCUUAUGAAGCCCUGGAUGGUGGCAACACCGCAGAGGCCAUCGUUGACUUCACAGGAGCAGUUGCAGAAUCCAUUGACAUGAUUGAUGGCCACUACAGCCAUGAUAUCAUCGAGCAGGCGAAACUCUUUGAAGACUUGCUGAAGGUGCAAAGAAGAGGAGGAUUAAUCAGCUGUUACAUCAUGCCUUUGUCUUCUAAUGAAUUUGAGGGACAGACUGAAAUGGGUUUGGUCAAAGGCCAUGCCUACUCGGUGACAGAAAUCCUGAUGAUGCCCCUGGGAGAGAAGCGCCUGCCAUGGGAAAAGACUAAGAAACUCUUCAUGAUCAGGUUGAGGAACCCCUGGGGAAAGAGCGAGUGGAACGGUCCAUGGAGUGAUGCAUCAGAGGAGUGGAAAAGCGUGAGCCAAGCAGAACGGAAGAAAUUAAGACUUACUAUUGAAGACGAUGGAGAGUUCUGGAUGUCGUUUGAAGACUGGUGCAAAAACUUCACCGAUGUUGACGUCUGCCGGAUUGUGAACACAUCCCUUUUUAGUAUACAUAAGACCUGGGAAAAGAAAAUGAUUCGUGGAGAGUGGAAAAAGGAUCCAGACCCAAUGUUAAACCGCGCUGGGGGGUGCUUAAAUAACAAAGUCACCUUCUUACAAAACCCACAGUAUGUCUUUGAUGUCAAGAAGUCGCAGGACAAAGUGAUGAUCUGCCUGCAGCAGAAGGACCAGCGCAUUUACAAAAGAGAAGGGAGAGGGGACAACUUGGUUAUUGGCUUUGAAAUCUUCAAGGUUGAGGCCAACAGAGAGUAUCGAAUGCAUACAAUAACAGUGCAAGAGAAGAUGGCAACUUCCAUGUACAUUGACAACCGCAUGGUAUUUUCGAAGGUGUGCCUCAAGCAAGGCCGGUAUGUCCUGGUCCCAACCACCUUCAGACCUGAUAUUGAAGCUGAAUUCAUUCUGAGGCUGUUCACAGAUGUGCCAUCGGAGCUCAGAGAGCUUACAUUGCAUAAGCCCAAGAUAGCCUGCCUGGACGUCCUACGUGGCUUUGUUCGGAGGGUGUCCCAAGUUAAAGUCCACUCUGUGGCAGGUCUCAGAAGUCAAGACCCGUAUAUCGGAGCAAAUCCCUACAUUAUCAUCAAGUGUGAGAAUCAGAAAGUUCGUUCUCCCGUGCAGAAGAGCACCCUCGGUGCUGUUUUCAAUACACAAGCCAUUUUCUACCAGAGGAAUAUUGAGAGUCCGAUUGUUGUCCAGGUUUGGCACAGCAAGCUCUUUUGCGACAAGUUCCUGGGACAAGUGCGGAUCGCAACAUCACCCGAUGACCCCAGAGGACUUCAGAAGCUCCAACUCCAGGGCAGAGGGAGUCGCGAAGAUGUUGCCGUGCCAGGUCACAUCAUCAUCAAGGUUGUUACUAGCGAUGACCUUGUGGAGCUCUGAAUACUGAGGGCUGACAGACCCAGGCAAGGCUGUCACCUCACAGCAAGAGUUUUCAGUUAGCAUCCUCAGUGGGGAUGGAGCAAGAGCCACUGAUUUGCAUCUUGGUGUGAAAUGCUUUAAAAUGCUUAGGGUCUUGUGUCUGGGUCCUGCUUGGGAAACAACAAAUGGCUAACGAAAGAGAAAGCAGAGAGCAAAUGUGCAGCCAAAUAUAUCAUUGCCUUUAUCUUUCACCACACAUACACACACAUACAGUAUAUAUCUCCAAACAUAUUUUCUAUCACAGAUAGCAGCUGCUUCCAGGCACUGGGUUCACCAGUGCAAUUCACAUGAAACCAUUAUAGCCUUGCAAUGCAUUUUAGCUGUUCUGCUAGAAAAUAGCAUUUCAUUGGAACUUGGGGAGCUGCCUUAUACCAAGUAUAGCUCAAUACCGUCGACACUGACUAGCAGCAGCUCUCUGGGGUUUCAGACAGUGAGCUUCUUCCAGAUGCUGGGGAUUGAACCUGGGCCCUUCUGCAUGCAAAGCAGAUGCUCUACCACUGAGCUUUGGCCCUUCCUCAACAGCACUGUUUAAUAUUGCUUCUACAGUAAUAGUAAGAGUAGUUUCCGUUUAGUUGCAUUAAGUCAAUACCAAAGUAUUUGCUGAACAAUGACAAAUCCCAGCAUGGGAAAAUCAAAGUUCCAGGAUGCGAAACACAAGCUUUCCCAUUCCUAAUCCUCAGCUGUGGGGAAUGUAUCUUAAAGGCUUGCAUCUGUCCACAUUGGGAAGGUAUGCCUGCCUUCUAUCUGAGCCAGCUGAAUUGUAUCACAGCUCUUUUGACAGAAAAAUGAAAGGAAUAUGGAUAUGAUAGCUGUUUAUUGUACUGAGCCUUUUUUUGCACUGUUGCUUUUGUUUUCGAUGCCUAUCUGUUAUCAGUGGCAACAUCUGAAUAAAAUGUAUG